CUCCGACAGUGACGUCAACAUGACAAUUAAAAAGUCAAAACCAUGUCGGAGGUCAACACUGUUGAAGAAACAACGACAGGGAAAUGAAAACAAUUCAGUGAAACUAAUCUCACCAGGGUUCACGGGCAUAUUCCUCCAUCUUUGUUGUCGUCAGGGGAACAACGGUGCGACGUCAUCAUUGUGCGCGACGUGUGCUGUUGUGGGAAGUCUCCUCGAAGACCAGCUCGGCGAUUUUCAUUUAGAUAAAGGAUGCCUCUACCUGCAGCGCUGCUGGCCCGCCUGGCCAAGAGAGGGAUCGUUAAACCGUCAGACCAAGAGGGAGAUGAGGAGAUUAUUGCUGAAGAUUACGAUGACAACAACGUAGAUUAUGAAGCCACCAGGGUGGAGAAUCUGCCUCCGAACUGGUACAAAGUGUUCGACCCUGCCUGCGGUCUUCCUUAUUACUGGAAUGUGGAAUCAGACUUGGUGGCCUGGUUGUCCCCAAAUGACCCGACGACAGUGGUGACAAAAUCUGCCAAGAAGAUGAGAGCGGAGGGAGGGGAGGAGAGAGUUGAGAGAGUUGAGAGAGUCGAGAGGCCGUUUGAGAAGAUAGACAGAGAGCGGGAAAGAGAAAAAGAGCGGGAGCGAGAGAGGGACGAAGCGAGGGACAGAGACAGAAGGAAGCCGAGGAGAGAGGACGCGGCACCGUACAGCAAGAACAAAAGAGGUAACGUUUACAUCUGUAUCGUACAACAAACACUUUCAAACGGAGGAUUUCUUUUACAUGAAUGGAUGUUACAUAUAUAUUUAAUCCUUUUUAUAGGGAGGAAAGAUGAUGAGAUGGACCCCAUGGAUCCAAGUGCUUAUUCUGACGCCCCAAGGGGCACGUGGUCGACUGGCCUGCCCAAGCGCAAUGAAGCAAAGACGGGUGCAGACACCACGGCGGCGGGUCCUCUGUUCCAGCAGCGGCCGUACCCGAGUCCAGGAGCCGUGCUUCGAGCUAACGCAGCAAACCAGAUACCCAAAGAAUGAGCGGAGCGCCGGGAGAACAAAUGUCUCGCUGUGCAGUUGGUCUUCCCUUUUGUUGUCACUUCUCUGAAGACACGUGCGGGGCUUUCACACCACCCGUGCGAUUAUACUCCUAAAUGUAGAACCGUUGUAAAUAUGUUUUUAUAUGAGCUCAGGAUUGACCUUCGUUUUGCUAAUAAAGUUAAAGAUUACUGUGAACUAUUCUUUAUGGGUUGUAAUAACAUCUGUACAAAUAAAACUUCUUGACAAUGUUUUAUUACAAAA